UGGUGGGUUCUGUUGACGGAUUUGAACUUUAUCUAAAUAUAAAUGCCAGAUCAAGUUGCCCUUGAAACCGAGGCUAGAAUAUCUCCACUCAUCAAUGAGAAGAAAAGAUUGUUCAAUGACUUAUUAACAGCCAAAGGAAGCAUAAAGGUGUUUUGUCGUGUUAGACCAUUAUUUGAAGAUGAAAGUCCUUCUGUUGUUGAAUUUCCUGAUGAUUGCACAAUUCGCGUCAAUACUGGCUCUGAUACCAUCUCCAAUCCCAAAAAAGAUUUUGAAUUUGACAGAGUUUACGGACCUCAUGUGGGACAAGCUGAGUUGUUCACAGAUGUUCAACCAUUUGUGCAGUCUGCUUUGGAUGGAUAUAAUGUUUCUAUAUUUGCUUAUGGACAAACUCACUCUGGAAAGACACACACUAUGGAAGGAUCUAGCUAUGAUCGUGGUUUAUAUGCUCGUUGUUUUGAAGAGUUGUUUGAUUUGGCUAACUCAGAUUCAACUUCUACUUCUCAGUUCAAUUUCUCUGUUACGGUUUUUGAGCUAUACAAUGAACAGAUAACUGAUUUGCUGUCAGAUUCCAAGAGUACUUUGCAGAAGAUCUGCAUGGGAUCACUGGAAUCUAUUAUAGAACUUCAACAAGAAAAAGUCGAUAACCCAUUGGACUUUUCUAGAAUCUUGAAAGCUGCAUUUCAGAGACAGGAAAAUAACAUAUCAAAGUUGAAUGUUUCUCACUUGAUUGUAACAGUGCACAUAUAUUAUAAUAAUGUGAUCAGUGGAGAGAACUUGUAUAGCAAGCUUUCUCUUGUUGACCUGGCUGGAAGUGAAGGUCUAAUAGCAGAAGAUGACAGCAGUGAGCGUGUGACAGACAUGCUACAUGUGAUGAAAUCACUCUCAGCGUUGGGGGAUGUCUUGUCUUCUUUAACUUCAAGGAAGGAUGUUGUUCCUUAUGAAAAUUCAAUGCUGACAAAAGUUCUUGCUGACUCCUUAGGGAGGGAUUCAAAAACUUUGAUGAUACUUAAUGUGUGUCCAAAUAUUGCAAACUUGUCUGAGACAUUAUCAUCUCUCAGCUUUUGUUCUAGGGCUAGAAAUGCUACACUAAGCCUUGGAAAUCGAGAUACAAUUAAGAAGUGGAGAGAUGUUGCUAAUGAUGCUCGCAAGGACUUACAUGAAAAGGAAAAGGAAAUUCAAGAUCUGAAACAAGAGGUUUUGGAAUUGACGCAAGCACUCAAAGAUGCAAAUGACCAGUGUGUCUUGCUCUUCAAUGAAGUUCAGAAGGCGUGGAAAGUUUCUUUCACCCUGCAAUCAGAUUUAAAGUCAGAGAAUAUUAUGAUUGCUGACAAGCAUAAGGUGGAAAAGGAACAAAAUGCUCAGCUUAGAAAUCAAGUAGCUCAACUGCUACAGAUGGAACAGGAUCAAAAAAUUAUAAUGCAACAAAAAGAUUCCACAAUUCAGACACUCCAGGCCCAAAUUAAAAGCAUGGAGUCACAGCUCAGUGAAGCUCUCCGUUUGAGGGAAGCUCGGCCAACAUUUGGCUCAGAAUCAUGGCCUGUGAUUUCAUCAAUCUCUAAGGCAACUGGGGAUGGCAUGGAUUCUUCAGCAGUAACCAAGAAACUUGAAGAAGAACUAAAAAAGCGUGAUGCAUUGAUUGAGAGGUUGCAUGAAGAAAAUGAGAAACUGUUCGAUAGAUUAACAGAAAAAGCCUCUUUAGCUGGAUCACCACAGGUGUCUAGUCCAUUGUCCAAAGGAACUGUGAAUGUUAAGUCUCAGGAGCUGGGAAGAAAUGAGAACAAUAAAGGACGUUCAAUGGAUGUUGUUCCAUCACCAUUGGGUGCAGAUAAGACUGAUGGAACUGUUGCUCUGGUUAAAUCUGGAUCUGAGAAAGUUAAAUCCACCCCAGCAGGAGAAUAUCUUACAGCUGCACUAAAUGACUUCGAUCCUGAACAAUAUGACAGCCUUGCUGCCAUUUCAGAUGGUGCAAACAAGCUUUUGAUGUUGGUUCUGGCAGCAGUCAUUAAAGCAGGUGCUUCUAGAGAGCAUGAAAUACUUGCUGAAAUCAGAGAUGCUGUUUUCUCUUUUAUCCGCAAAAUGGAACCAAAGAGGGUAAUGGAUACCAUGCUUGUUUCCCGUGUCAGAAUUUUGUACAUAAGAUCUUUGCUUGCUAGGUCUCCGGAGUUGCAGUCCAUCAAGGUUCCUCCUGUUGAGUGCUUUUUGGAGAGGGCUAAUACCGGACGAAGUAGAAGCUCCAGCCGAGGCAAUAGUCCUGGAAGAUCCCCUGUGCACUUUGUGGAGGAGCAGAUCCAAGGCUUUAAAGUGAACAUAAAGCUGGAGAAGAAGUCGAAGUUAUCAUCAGUUGUUUUGAGAAUGAGAGGAAUCGAUCAGGAUGCAUGGAGGCAGCAGGUAACUGGUGGAAAACUGAGGGAAAUUCAAGAGGAAGCAAAAAGUUUUGCAAUAGGAAACAAAGCUCUUGCUGCUCUCUUUGUUCAUACACCAGCUGGCGAGCUGCAGAGACAAAUUAGGUCCUGGCUUGCAGAGAAUUUUGAGUUUCUUUCUGUUACUGGAGAUGAUGCAUCGGGAGGGAUCACUGGCCAAUUAGAACUCCUUUCGACUGCUAUUAUGGAUGGCUGGAUGGCUGGAUUGGGUGCUGCAUUGCCUCCCAGUACAGACGCUCUUGGCCAGCUUCUAUCCGAGUAUGCAAAACGGGUUUUUACUUCUCAAUUGCAACACUUAAAGGAUAUUGCUGGGACCUUAGCAACAGAAGAGGCAGAAGAUGCAGCACAAGUAGCGAAACUGCGUUCAGCUCUAGAGUCUGUUGAUCACAAAAGAAGAAAGAUUUUGCAACAAAUGAGAAGUGAUGCAGCCUUAUUAACAUUGGAAGAUGGUGGUUUGCCUGUUCAAAAUCCUUCAACUGCUGCUGAAGAUGCAAGAUUAGCAUCUCGUGGUAAGAGUAGAAACAGUAAAAGCGUGGCUAAAAGCUGAACAGAAAUUGAAGGGAGAGCAGUAAUCAGAACAAUGCAAAUAUGGCUAAAAAAUUGAGAAGAAAUUGAAGUUGGAGCUAGAGAUUAAGAUAUAGAGCUUGUAUGAAUCAUCUAACUUAAAUAAAUUAUUAAUAAAACAAAGCUUGUGGUGUAAAAUAGCUCUACUUGCCUAUUUAUACUAGUUCAAAGGCUUGACCCUUGUAGGAAAGAAAUAAAGUAACAUGCCACCUACAUGAUCGAUAGAAAAUCCAGAUAACAAAGAUUCCUAAUAAAUGAACAAAAAGAAAAAGAAAAGAAAAGAAAGA